CUGAGGAGACGUCCUGACGAGCAACCGGCCGUCCCAGCAGCUCGUAGAGAACCCAGAGCAAACUGUUACCAUGUCGUCGAGGGACAAAAAAUAUGACCCUAACACAGACUUCGCCGGGGCCUCCAUCGUGUCCCACUGUUACCCUUACCAUGGGCAGCGGCAGACGAUAUUCAGGGACGCUGCCAGAAACGCCUACUUCCGGAACCAGCUGCUGUAUGGCCAAACCGCCGCCGCAGAUUCCCCUCGCCACCAGGGUGGUGUGAGGGGUGCCGGUGCUUCCAGCAACAAGGGUGAGACCAAGCCGAAGGCGAGGACGCGCCAUGGCGAAACUGCCGUAGAGUACCCUAGUAACUACAAGGGUGGUGGUGCGAGGGGUGGCGGCGGGUACUAUAGUGAUGAGGAUGAUGACAGCGAGAGUGAGGACGACGACGAUGACGAGAGCGACGAGAAGGAAAUUUCCCGCGGCCAGGGCGGCGUGCGCCGCUACGACCACGAGGCGAACAAGCCGGAGAAGAAGGGCGCUGGCAGCUACCACGACGUCGCGCACCAAUACGAGGCGUACAGGAGGGGUGCACGCGAGCGGUGGCAGGGUGAAUACCUUGGCUAUGGCGUGCGCGCUUACGGUAACAAACAAAAACCCCGUGACUCCGUGGUUCAUGGUACAGUUGCGCCAUGAAGGUAUACACAUACCGUCAUGAGGAACAGGAAUAAUGCAUGGACCAGGGAGCAUACCUUUUAACUCAGAGUGGCGUGAAGGCAAACGAGAGUAAGGACGAGCAAAGCGACUCCGAGGAGCUGUUACCAAUCAACAUAACAGGAUGUGCAAGCAGGGUGUCCAUGGGAAAUAUAUAUAGCAUUUGUAUCUAUGAGGAAAUGAACAUCUAUUCGUGAGUGGAUAUGUGGAAGUUAAAUGUAACCCUUCAUCAAGUUUAAAUAGACAAAAAGUUUAUCACA